ACAAAAGUCCCAACAGCCAUGGACAGGGAGCUGGCACAGCAGCGAGUCGGGAGCAGGACGUGAAGGAUCGGGCAGAGGAAGGGCUCGGCUCCACCAUCACAGCACGCUGUUUGCCUCUGACCACAGUUAUGACUUUUCCCCUCCUUGGACGGACACCGUCCAACGUCAGCACAGUCCUGACCUUCACACUCAGUCUGUUUCAGGGGUGCCCACUUGACGCAGGAGCCAACAUGAAUGUGGGAACAGCACACAGCGAGGUGAAUCCCAACACCCGUGUCAUGAACAGCCGGGGCAUCUGGUUGUCCUACGUCCUUGGAAUUGGCCUGCUGCACGUCGUACUCCUGAGCAUCCCCUUCUUUAGCGUCCCUGUGGUUUGGACUCUUACCAACAUCAUUCACAACAUGAGUAUGUAUAUCUUCCUACAUACCGUGAAAGGAACUCCUUUUGAGACUCCGGACCAGGGGAAGGCUCGGCUGCUCACGCACUGGGAGCAGAUGGACUACGGCGUGCAGUUCACAGCGUCGCGCAAGUUCCUGACCAUCAUGCCCAUUGUCCUGUACUUUCUAACCAGCUUUUACACAAAGUAUGACCGGAUACACUUCAUAAUCAACACCAUCUCCCUUAUGAGCGUCCUGAUCCCCAAACUGCCUCAGUUUCAUGGAGUGCGGAUCUUUGGGAUCAACAAGUACUGAACUGCGUGGCUGGAGCAAAUGGAAGAGGAGCAGGGGAGAGGUGGAAGUUCCUUCUCUCUAGCCCCAUUUCCUCACCCCCACGCACACUGGGAUAUAAUUUCACAGCGGCUGUUUAAAUGCAGUAUCCAAUAGACAUAUACCGCAUGCUGGAUCCUCAUGCCCAAUAAACCUAAACAAGCUCCAGAGUAGAGUUUAGUGCAGAGCAGGAUGCAUGACACUGGAUUUCUUUUAUUCCAGUGUCAUAAAUAGAUGCAGAUACACUGAGACUUCAAGGUACAAAGAGGGUGAAUUCUGGGGAGAUUGUCAUCUAUCCCAGACGUUGAAUGAUGAGACUAGGGAUGAGGGGAAAAGCUUUUAGUGCUGGUACUAUUGCUGUGGUAAAUGCACUUUAAAAUAUAUUUCCCUUUCUGAAGCUAGGUGCUUUAAGCGAUAUGUGGGGGAAAUUCAAAGGGAUACAGCCAAGCUUUCCCAAUACUUGAUUGUUUUGGGGUCUGAGUUCCAUUUUUGGGCAGGGGAGUGGGAGGGGGAAAAGAAUGACAGAUUUUUAUUUUGCAGUCUUUUACACCAUUGAGAAAGGCAGUUCUUUUACUAAAAACAGUACAGGAAGGAAUGACCUGCAAUUUGACAAAGCUUUCAGUUUUCUACGGUACCAUUCGUGUGGUUCAGGGAUAAGGUCAACAGAUCCUAAAUCAUACUUGUUAUUUUCAGCUUGUACCAGAAUCUGUCUGGGUAACUCUGCUCCCCGCCCCAAACCACUAAUUUUAAAGGGCACUCCGAGCACUCAGGCAGCACAGCAUUUGGAUUAAGGGCUGGGGUGCAGGUCAUUUUAAUAAUCAACAACAAAUGCCACUGAGCUACUUGGUACAUGGAGACUGCACAAGCAUGGGAGGAGCUGAAGACUGAUAGGCAUGGGCCAAAUGAGAAAUGGAUGGCUGCUUGCUAUAAUCAGUUAGUGACUAUAUUUUGAAUUUUUCUCCUCAGUCCAGCUCCUUGGUCUCUUAAGUCCGUGUAUGUGUUACUGGGAUUUGCCAGUUCUCCAGUUAACCAUGGACUUAAUUCAGUAUCUGUCUCAAGGCAAGCGAGUGUUUGAUUUCCGGCUUACCUGGAAGUCUGUCACUCAGCUCCACGCACAAGUGCUGCAGCAGCAUCCCCUGAGCCCUCAGGUGAUCACUGCAAGGGUGACGGAGCUGCAGGAGAGCAAUGCUAACGAGCAGCAUCAGCAGCAGACUGAAUUGACCAACAAAAGGAUGCAAUACAUCACUGAUAAUAGAUUAUUUAGUACAGAAACAAAGUUGAGCCUUUUUCCCAUAAAGUUACCACCUAAAUAAAGUAGGUUUGCAGGUUUAGAUUUCCUGGCCGAGACAGCUUUCUACUGUUCAAAAUAGUCGUUUUUUCCUUUGGGUUGUGUGCCAGAUGAAAUGUGGUUUUCCUCAUGCUUCCCCUGUAAACUUCAUGAAAGCCUGUAUUUCUGUUGUCUUAGUGCUUAUAUUGUCUCACUUUUGACAACGGUAUAAACAUUUUAAAUAUGCUAUUUUUGUUCCUGCACUAGCCAAUUCUCGCUUUAGAGGUCAUAGUGGAUAUUGUUGAGUUCUGUUUGAUGGUCUGAGCAUAGGACAUGGAUAGGGGAACUUCAGGUUUGCAUAUAAGAUCAGUACUACUCCAUGCAUACUUUUAGGCAAGGUGCUUUACUUCUCUAUCUCAGACUUACUAUUGGACUGCUGCAGAGAAGGGAAAAGCAUUUAGUGUACCUCAGAGGGCUGCUGGAAUACCUAGAGAAUCAUUACCUAGUAUGUUUGGAAAGUGGAAAUAUUUUAAGUGAAAUGAAGUUUUCAAGAAGGUAGGAAGAGGAGUCUGGCUUGAUACCCGAGUGCUGUUGGCCAGCGAGAGUUUGACAGAUAUGCAAUUUAUUUGAUGAGGGGGUUAAGCCUUUUAACCACCACAACAUAAGGACUGCUGCUUUAGUUAAGGUACUAUAUACCCUAAAGCAAAUGUACUCUUUAAGCUACUAGACAAUGACUUUUGGGAAAAAAAAAAAGUUUUCAAAAUAGAGAUAUUUCAUCAAAUCAGCUAAGUACCUUUGAAAUGACUAAGGAAUCAACAGCGUCAAUGCCCAGAAUGCUUAUGGAAAGGCCACUGCCCUCAGAGCUGUAGCAUCUGUCCUUAACAGGAUGGCUAAGGCUGUAUCCACAAUGCAGACUGUAUGUUGCUUAACAGAUCUGAAUGUCUGCCCACAGACACAACUUACAUGCCAAUGGUAAAUCUCCAGAGGAAGGAAAACUAUUCAUUUAUUUUGGUAGAAUACCAGGGGAAAAACAUCAACUUUUUUGCAACAGGAACAGUCACUAUAUGCUUAAAAACAUUACUCCUAUAUAGACAGACAUAGGCUGAUUAUUUCCAAGUAUAUACACAUUACACAAAGUCAAAGCAGUUUUGAUAUUUUUAGUGUAAGUAUAAAUUGAAGGCAGGAGCCAGCUCUUCUCAGUGAAGUACAGCAUUUCACACAGUUUCCUUGAAGGCCUUGGCAUUGCAACAGCUGAGGGUCUGAACAUGUUAUUUGUGCUGUUAACUGACACUACGGACAUCUGAUUCUGUUUUGUUAAAUUAAAGAUCAACUGUAAAACAGAAUACGAUUAUAAACUUCUCAAAAAGGCAGGUUUUCCUUAUUUAUAAUAGUAAGCUUUUCUGAUUUACCUUGUUCACACCGAAAUUAUUAAAAUAGCCAUUACACAGAUAUGUGUUAUAUGGCAAAUGACAUUCUUUACAACACAGGGAUAGCAUUUUUGCCACAGAAUAUCUGAAGUUAACUUGGAUUCAUACAGUUAAUCCAGUCAAGGGAAACAUAAAUGAAAACUGUAGAAAUAUGGAAAGAAGUGAGAGAGUUGAAGAAAGAUUUCAUGUUAAUAUGUGGUGUGUUGGGUAUCUACAUAAGAUUAAUAAUUACUUGAACAAUUAUACAUCUGAUAGUAUCUUCCUUAAGAUUCCAUCUUAAGGGUAGGUAUCAGAAUUAAUAAAAAAUAGAAAAGAAGCCAUAAGUUAAUUGUAAUUAAACAACAGUAGCAAUUGCUACUUGCUAGGUGUACCUGAGGCAGUUUUAAGUGAAGGAGUUUUGGGUACUGCUGGUCACACACCAGUUGCACG